UCUGCCCCAUCCAAAAGCAAAUCCGAGCACGCUCCUAUCCCAUCCCAUGGCUGGCAUUGACGAUCUAAUGACCGAUGCGCAAGAUGCGUUCUUUGCGGAUGACUCUGUGGCGGCAACGCGACUGUGUGCACGCGUGCUCGGCCUCAAGCGCAACGAGGGCGACGCGUACCAUCUCGCGCACCUUGCCCUGCACAGCCUGCGCCUCCACAACGCAGCAAUGACGGUUGCUCAGGAAUGGGGCGUGCAUUGCAACGAAAGCGCCAAGCAGCUGUACGCCGAGCUGGUCUCUGCAUAUCUCGCUGGAAAUUCUGCCGUUGUCGAGUAUGCAGCUCGAGCUCUUGUUCGUCGAGAAGACGCCUCUGUCAUCAGCAAAUCGGUGGCGAUUGCACUGGCCGCAGACUUGCAUCACGCAGUGGGAAGCGCUGAAACCAUCCGUGGAUUCAAGACAGAGGAUCUUCCGAGCGACGUGUUGCAUUUUAUGGACCUGCUGGCUGCCUGGACCGAGUUGAGUGUCGGCAAGGCCGAAGCCGGACUGGCAGAGCUCCAAUCGCUUGCGACGAGCCAUCCGACCUCGGGCGUUGCGACUGCUCUCCUGGCUGUCGUGUUGUACGAGCUCGACCAACGAGCAGCAGCCCAAGAGCUGAUUGCACACAACACAACAGACACCAUGUCAACCCGCGUUGCCCGCCUCAUUGUCAACGCGACCACGGCCCCUUCUGGCGACGUAUCCGCAGCGCACGACGAUCUGGGCAUGCUGAAUGGAGUGCCUGAUCUCUUGACGCGCCGGCUCGAUCAAAGCGUGCGUGGCGAUGCUCCCGACACGCACAACCUUGCAGCGCUCUUUCCUCGCGUACCACUUGCUCCGGUCUCUCGCGGACCAGCCGAAGACACUCUUCGAUAGUGUGUGUUUUUAUUUUUGUUUGGAAAGCUGUGCAAAUCUCAGUUUCAUUGCACUUUCUUGUCAGUCAGCAAUAUGCUCGGUAUGAUUGUUUAUGCUCCUUGAUUGUUGAGGAAUCGUCUCAGUCGC